AUGGAUGAGCUGGACAAAUCAUGGGCAUUCAGAUUUGGAGAGUUCUUUGCUGGCAAAGCGAAUGCCACGUUUUGUGCCAAAGUGAUGGGUUUUGCUGCAUUCAAGCUGGAUGCUUCUUAUGGUGGCAAGUACAAUAACCUCUUGACUCCCAGUGGGAUGGCGCUGCUUGGCUGGGAGUUCGAACAGGCACAUGGUGCAGCCCCAGAGGCAGUGCUGAUCCACAGCAUGAAGAAUGACGUCGAGCUGUGGGAGGAUGCAGACAUGCCCAGUGUUUGCAAAUACCUCCGUGGGGCUGCAGGAUUGAAUGUUCCUAUGGAGCUGAGAGUAGUUCUGGGCAUGUGUUAG